AUGAGUCCGGCCGUGGCGGCGCUCCUGGCUUUGGCGGUACUGGCCGCGAGCGCCAACGUGUGCGCGGCGCAGCUCCGGCGGGACCAUUACGCCGGCGUGUGCCCCGACGUCGAAGCCAUCGUCCGGGGCGCCGUCGCCAAGAAGUUCCAGCAGACCUUCAUCACCGUCGGCGCCACCGUGCACCUCUUCUUCCACGACUGCUUCGUCGAGGGGUGCGACGCGUCGGUGCUGAUCGCGUCCACGGCCAACAACACGGCGGAGAAGGACAGCACUGCCAACCUAUCGCUGGCCGGCGACGGCUUCGACACGGUGAUCAAGGCCAAGGCGGCCGUCGACGCCGUGCCACGGUGCCGGAACCGGGUCUCCUGCGCCGACAUACUAGUCAUGGCCACCAGGGACGCCAUUGCACUGGCCGGCGGGCCGUCGUACGCGGUGGAGCUGGGGCGGCUGGACGGGCUGAGCUCGACGGCGAGCAGCGUCCCCGGCAAGCUGGCCCCGCCAACGUCCAGCCUCGACCAGCUCACGGCGCUCUUCGCCACCAACGGGCUCUCGCAGACCGACAUGAUCGCACUCUCCGGAGGGCACACGGUGGGGCUGGCUCACUGCCGCACGUUCGCCGGGCGACUGCGGCCGACAACCGACCCGACGCUGAGCCCGCGGUUCGCAGCACAGCUGCAGGCGUGGUGCCCACCCAACGUGGACCCACGGACCGCCGUGCCCAUGGACACAGUGACACCGCGGGCAUUUGACAACCAGUACUUCAAGAAUCUUCAAGGGGGAAUGGGCCUACUGAGCUCGGACCAGCUACUGUUCACCGACUCGAGGUCCAGGCCCACCGUUGACGCGUGGGCCCGGAGCGGUGCCGCGUUCGACCGGGCCUUCGUGGCGGCCAUAACAAAGCUGGGCCGCGUGGGAGUCAAGACCGAUGCGUCCCAGGGGAACAUACGCCACGACUGUGCAGCCUUCAACUGA